AUGGCUGUCAAUCAGAGCUUCUUGGGCUGUGACAUGGGUGCUCGUAGCUCCUCUUGUGAGGAAGAUAGGAGAAAAGCUAUCAUUUCUGCCUUGGAGAAGGCAGUUACGUUCCUGGGUGAAAAACACGACAAAAUCAACAUAGAUGCGGUGCUGGGAUACACUGUCUUGGAAGCACAUUUGAAGACGGUCCUGGAGAGAUGGCUGUGGCGGCCGGAAUUAACCCUGGAGUGGCAGAGAAUCCAGCUUUUGAAGCAGAAGCUGUUGACUUUCAUAGAGGAGGCAACCCAAGACGUUGAAAAACAGGAUCCCGUUUUCCACAAAGCCUUUGCUCCAGUUUUAAAGCCAGGAUUUUGGAAGGUCCCUCGGGAAUGGAGAAAGAUUAAUGAGUCUAUUCCUUAUUCCCUAACAAGCGGCCCCUGUCUGGAUUAUAAAAAAAGUGAUUUUUGCCUCUCAGCAGUAUUAGGAACACAGGAGGAUGCAGAUGUAUGCUGGAUUCCCGACGAUUGCACCAGUCUCAUGAUAAACACUCACUGCUAUGGUUAUUCGCUGUCCCAUCAACUCUUUUACUUUCUGUUUGCCAAGAUGCAAUCGUGCCCGAAUUCUCUCUUCCAAAAUAGCCAAUAUUAUGAAAACGUGUUCUGUGAUUUGAUGAUGCAAGCCAAUCGCAAUCUUGAAAAGAACAAUCUGAUCGACAAUUUUGGAGACGUCUUUACAGAGAACAUCAUGUUUUGUGGGCUAGCUGGAUUCUCAGAUUUCUUCCAGACGUCCUGGCUUGAUUGCAUUCUCAGCUGGCAGAAACAGGAAAAUGGAUGUUUCUGGAUGUACACUUCUUCCAAUGAUGGGGGCCAAGUGAGAAGAAGGACUAAGAGAUCCGAGAAACUUAUUGAAGGUGUCUGCUCUUCCCAUAACACUGCUGUGGCUGUUGGAGCACUUGGGAGCUUCCUCUUACACAGCUCCUAA